AGAUGUGCCUAAAACUUGUCUCUACCGUACGAGAAUCGGGAUUUAAAAGUGGACCGGCCGACGAGGAGCCGAGUGGAAUCUCGAUCGCGAUCGGAAUCGGCAUAAUGUCUUAAGCCGCGGAGUAUAACAAUCCGUCGAUAUUGUGCGUAUCGGUGUUGACGAUAUCACAGAUAUACACGCUCAUAGUAAUGGUAAUAAUAAAGUCGCGUCAAACGUGUAGAUGAAAUAAAGAGGGAGUACGCGAGUAUUAUGGUAUAGCAGCUACGUACUAGCGGGGUACUAAGAGAGACUGGUACGAUCGAGAGAGCGGUUUAAACAGGUGAAGGAGGUGACAGUAGUCGUCGGUCCCGUGGUGCGCGCACACACGAUCGAAAUACCGAUGAAAAUAGGGAGAAAAAAAAAAAAGAACCGUUGAAAAAAUCAAAAAAAAAAAUUCGACAAAAUAAAUGAGAAGGAAAAAAAAAUCGCUUUUAAAAUCAAACUCGUAGGUAUAGGUGUAACGUAUACGUUCGUACUCUGCGAGAAAAACUUAUACACAUACAUACAUCGAUAAAAGGAGAACCGCCGAUCGCGAACGCGCGCGUCAAGUGUGGAACCUGCAGUGUACGUAUUAAUACCGCGUCGACGUCGGGUCGCGUUGUCGCGUUGUAGUUUCACGAUCAGUUCUUGGUUAGUUUCUGAGGUCUGAAGGCAGAGUUGGCAACCAGCAAAACCAGCAACCCGCCUUCAAGAGACGAACGAACGUGUAUUGUAAAGUCGGAAAACUGAAACGACAUACGCUGCUCCUCUUGAGUGUACAACACUCGGUUCGGUGGUGUUCACUUCCAGACACUUCAGCAGUUGUCUCCGAACCCCCGAUCAGUUCGGACGUGACUUUUGGUAGAGAGACGAGGGAAGGGAAAAAUUUUGAAAUAUUCCACAUACGCGAUUUUACGAUAGUAUAUGGUACUUUAUAAUUAUCCAUUCAGUCUCGCCAGGUGCUUGGAAAAUAACGAAAAGAAAUAAAUAAAUUUAUUAUAAUUUUUUUUCUUUCUCUUUCUUUGGUUCUCGGUUUUUCUCAAAAAAAAAAUUUUUCGAAGAGAAAUAAUUUUUUUUUUUUAAAACGCGCACAACUAAACGACCGACAAAAACCGACUCCCAAUCGGUAAUUUUUCGGUUGUACACAGGUACUCUGAUGUAACCGUAUUUUGCAUGAAAAGUUUAUAACAAAAUUUUAUUAAAAAAAUAAGAGAAAAAAAACUUUUCGAAAGUACGGGUAUAUAAACUGUAUUUUGCUGAUAUUACAUAAAUCCUCAUGGGAAUUUGAAUGAAGUAAAUUAAUUAAUUAAUUGAAUUAAAUAAAUAAUUAAUUGAUGACUGUAAUUCUUAAAGCUCUGCAAAAAUAUAUGAUCGCGAUAAAUUUAUUUAAAUAAAAAUAUAUAAAUAUAAUACAGGUAUAAAUGCUUAUCAAAAAGUGAUUUGCAUUGAUGAUAUUGUUAUAUAUAUAUAUACGCAUAUAAAAGUGAAUAUAUCCGCGAAACGGUGCAGAGGGAAAGACAUUAAAACGAAAUUAUCAACGAUCGGACUGAUUUCACACAUCGCAAAGACGUAGCCGAAACGGAUAAUGGUGGCUUCACAGAACGACGGCGGAAGAAGUGCGGGAGGCGGAAAUGGGGGUGCGGGCGACGACGACGCGGUGUACACGGUGUCGGUAAGCGGCGGAGGUUACAGAAACGAGGGUUACAAGGAGGAUUGCAACGACGGUAUCCCACCGGAACCGACGAAACCGCCCCAAUUGCCGCCGGCCGACGACGACACCCAGUCGAGAAAGUUCAAGCUCUCGCGGAGUGAAAAAUGGCGAAUUUUGAAAAAUAUCGGUGCCGUGUCGAUAGCCUUCAUGGUGCAGUUCACGGCGUUUCAGGGCACGGCCAAUCUUCAAUCCUCCAUCAACGCCAGCGAGGGUCUCGGGACGGUAUCCCUGUCGGCUAUCUACGCCGCUCUAGUUCUAUCUUGUAUAUUCGUACCGACGUUCGUUAUCAAAAGAUUAACGGUCAAAUGGACCCUGUGCGUGUCGCUGUUGUGCUAUGUACCCUACAUCGGGGCGCAAUUUUAUCCGAAAUUUUACACACUCGUACCCGCCGGCGUGCUCCUCGGUCUCGGCGCCGCUCCCAUGUGGGCCGCUAAGGCCACCUACCUCACUCAGGUCGCCGGUGUUUACGCUAAGCUAACGGAUCAGCCGGUCGACGCCAUCGUCGUAAGGUUCUUCGGAUUCUUUUUCCUCGCUUGGCAGACCGCUGAACUUUGGGGAAACCUCAUCUCGUCUCUCGUUUUGAGCAAUGGCGAAUUCGGCAGCGGAGGCGGUAACCACACGAUUAACGAGGACAAGAUACGUCUCUGCGGUGCGAAUUUUUGCGUCGUUGGUAACAAAGCUAACGAGGUACUAGAGAGGCCGCCGGAUUCGGAAAUUUAUGAAAUAUCUGCCAUUUAUUUGGCAUGUGUCGUAUUCGCCGUUAUCAUAGUCGCUCUCUUCGUCGACCCACUCUCCAGGUACGGUGAAAAACAGAGACGUGCCGAUAGUCAGGAAUUGAGUGGAAUACAAUUACUUUCAGCGACCGCGUAUCAGCUGAAAAAACCUUACCAACAAUUACUCAUACCAAUAACCGUAUUUAUCGGUAUGGAGCAGGCGUUUAUCGGUGCUGAAUUCACUCAGGCGUACAUCUCCUGCGCACUAGGUGUUCACAAAGUUGGUUACGUGAUGAUGUGUUUCGGCGUUGUUAACGCGGCGUGUUCCCUGUUGUUCGGUUCGGUGAUGAAAUUCGUAGGAAGACAACCCCUGAUGGCCUUAGGUGGUGUCGUUCACGCGGCGUUAAUCGGCGUACUCCUGGUGUGGAGACCGCAUCCCGACAAUUCUUACAUAUUUUACACGCUCUCGGGUCUAUGGGGAGUCGGCGACGCCGUAUGGCAGACGCAGGUUAACGGUCUUUACGGAACGUUGUUCAGGCGUAACAAGGAGGCGGCAUUUUCAAAUUACCGGCUCUGGGAGAGCGCCGGUUUCGUGGUUGCAUAUGCGUACAGUACGCAUCUUUGCGCCCGUAUGAAAUUAUACGUUAUGCUAACCGUGUUAAUACUAGGUGUUGUCGGUUACGUCAUCGUUGAAUUACUUCAUAGGCGUAAGCAAAAGAGACGUAAGGCUAUCGCCGAAGAUCCAAAAUCCGCUCAAGCCGAAGCUAACAAACCAGAAGAAACUGACGACGAAAAAGACGAUAUAGAUGACGAUAUAAUAAUCACCCAUCUCUAAAAAUUACCUAUACAUAUAUAUAUAUAUACAUAUACAUACAUCAUUACGUGAAAAAAUUAAAAAAGAAAAUAAAAAAAUUCAACAAAAAAAAAAACAACAAAAUAAAAAACGAAAUAAAAUGAAAUAAAUAAUUUAAACAAUCAUGAAUUAAUAAAUACACACAAUAUCUAUUAUCAUCGCUAUUAUUAUUAUUAUUAUUAUUAUUAUUAUUAUUAGUAUCAUUAAUAUUAUUAACGAUAAAGUUAUUAUUAUUGAAUAAUUGUAUCAACAGGGUCAUCCGCCGAUUAUAUGAAAUGUGCGCGCAUUAAUCAAACACGUAUCACUGUCCGUAUGGGAUAUAUAAUUGUUUUCUCUUUUUUCUAUAUGAGAAACAGAAAAGAAGAAAUGAUCACGAAUGUAUAUAGGUAUUAUACACAUGGCUCUUAAUUGAUGAUAGAAAUCUAAUUAUCAAUCGUUAUUCAUAAAUAUGUGAAACGAUGAUUCAGUUGAUGACAGGUAUAUAGUUGUUGUAAAUUGAAUCUGCCCUUUGCACAAUGGAUUGUAAAUUUUGGAGAAAUUGUUCCGUGGGAAAAAUUUUAAACGAUCGUUUUAUACUUGAGAAGAACGUUCGAUUGUCGUCGACACAGAUCGUUCGCAUGGAAUGAACGAUUGAAAAACUCGGGAGCGAUCGUUACGCAUUGUGAAUUUUUUUUUCUUUUCUCUUUUUCAUUCUUUGAUAAUUACUCAUUCUCAUUAGUUUAGAUAAUCGAAAGAAAAAAAAGAAGAAGAAAAAAAAGAGCUGUUGAAAUAUGAAUUUUAUGUAAUAACGAUUAUGAUGAGAUACACAUAGAACAAGUGCAAUACCGUAUAUAUAGUAUACAAUGUACGAUAUCAUAUAUAAAUAUGUAGAUUUGACGUUGAACGCGUGUGUGCGAAACGGGAAGAAAGGAAACAAAAAAAUGUGUUAAUAACGACGAACGUGUAUGAACUAUAUCGUAAAAUUCAUGAGCAUGAAUACUCGUAAUAUUAGAGAAAAGAAUAGAAAAAGGAAGAGAGAAUAAGAAAAAAAAAAUAUGGAUAUACAUAUCCGAAGACAAUAAAUAGCGAAAGAAUAUAUCUAUAAAAUAUAAACGUACAAAUAUAUAAACGCGAACGCAUAUCCACCAUUUUGAAUAUAUGUAUGUAAUUUUAUUAAUUCUUUCUUUAUACGAAAUCUCUUUCUCUUCAUCUCUGCAUAUAUAUGUUUAUAGACGCGUUGAAAGUAGAACCGGUGGAAUAAUCCAUGGUAAAUAAAUUAACAAAAAGAAAGAGAAAAAAAGAACGAACUUUUACGUACUCUACGCGCGUGCGAUUUUAUAUAUCGAGGUCACUGAUUUGAUUUUGGAACAACCGGGAGAACUUCGUAUGUAACGUGCGUUGUUAAUAUACAUAUGUAUAUAAUUCGUAUACUAUAAUAUAUUUUAUUAUACGGACACGUCCUCUUCUAAAUGUUCUUUCGCACAAAGACGUUGAAGAGGAAAAAAGGAUUGGCAGCUAUUUUAAACGAACAUACAUGUAUUUAUAUAUAUAUAUAUGUACACGUUUAUAUGUACGUACCUGUAUAUUCGCAUAACGUUAAGAGCAACGCGGAAGCUGCGAGUAUCCUUUACACACACAUACAUCAAUAUAUAUACACACAUGUAACCUAUUCAAAGAUCGGCGGCAUCGGCAUCGCCAUCGCCAUCAACGUCGCGGAGGUUGAAAGCGCGUGACCUUCACGUGGACCAGAAUUGAGCCCGGAGGCUGCCCGUGUUGUACGAACGGAAAUUGUUGUUUCAAACUGAGAUCCUCCGAUGGAGAGCUCGAUGUGGUUAGUCGCAAAUAUUUAUUCAUUUUUAUUUUUGCCAAAUCCUCGUUCCUGUUAUCCCUCCCUCCUCUCAUCUCUGGUCGCUAUCGACCACGGAGUGACGAAGAGAUGAUGAGGCGGAGAGGAAAGACAGGGAUUGGAUUCAAAAAUACAAAUAUACAUGCUCGUGUACAUGACUAGAUAAAAUGAAGGAAUUGUCAUCGCGAAAUUAUCAUAUAGUGUGUAGUAGUUAUUCAGCCCGAAUGAAUAAUUAACGGUUAUAGUAAUAUCGCGCUAACUUCUCGCUAUAUAUACGCGAAGUAGUUCCUUCUUUUUAGUUUUUCUUUUUUUUUUCUGUUUCUUUUGCUCUUUGGAAAUCGUUAGGUGGAAGGUAGCGUAACUGAAUAAAACAGAUCCGGGUAUGGUUGGAGAAGAGAAAAACGAAGAACAGGAGAUAGAUGGAUAGAUUGACGGUGAUUGAACGAUCAAUCUAUCUAUCUUCCAUGCCGCGGUAUAUUUUGAGUCCGUAUGAAAUAGUUUUUUUUUUCCUCUCCUCGCUCGUUCUUCACUUAUUUGAGGAAUAAAAAAUGGACAAUGAAUUGGAAAAGCAGAGGGAAACGGAAAAUAAAAUCUUUGCACACAUUUUCAUCUUCUUUAUAUAUAAAUUGCAAUCAAUUUGUCGUUAUGUUGUAUUAUUUUCAACACGUUUGCCAUUCGAAAUACACGACAUAUGAAGAUGUACAUUCACGUAGCGUUAGAAUCCAUUGAACAAUGUCACAUGGGUAAUGAAACGAUGAGAAUAAAAAAGGUUAAAAAAUCGAUUGAAAAAGUUGUACAGGUAUAACGAGGAGCGGCAUAAGUAUACACGUGGCGAUCAGCUGUAAACGCAUUCCUUUUUCUCAGUAAUUCAAGAAAACUAUAAUAUAAUUACUCUUUAUAUAAUGUUACGAAAUAUAAAUGCAUGUACACGUAUAGCGAUAGGGAUACAACAUAUACAUGCAUUUCCACCUCACUCGUUGUAUUUUCUGUCCGAGAGAUUCCGAUUAUUUUCUCUAUUGUUGCACUCGAUCUAGAUCAAUCCAAUUUAUGCAACUCGCACCGCCCCGUGGAACAAAGAGAAAAGAAACACUCGUAUUAUUAUAAUAUAGAUAUAUGCGUUAAAGAGAGAGAGAGAGAGAUAAUUACGUGUCGGAAUAUGUGGCAGAUAACUUUAUUACAUUCCAGAACCGGUGCAAACUCAUUGCAGCAUUUUUUUCAUCUCCAUAAUCUCUGUUUAAUUUUGUUUUAAUCGAUUUAUUUAUGUAAAUUUUAUUAUUUCUCGAUUAUUUCAAUUGUAUAUUUUUUUAUAUUCUGUCCAUUCCAUUAUCGUGUUGUUUUUAGUUUUAUCAAUUGACAAUAAAUUUUAUAUUUCGUCGAUUGUUGAACCGAUUCGAUCGAAUUCAUCGGCGGGAGAAAAGAGAGAAAUGGGUGAUUUAAAAGGAAGAAAAAACUUAGAAAAAGAAAUAAUUAUUCUUUCUAACGCAUAAUCAUAUCUGCGACGUGUUCUGACCGUGAAUUUGAUUGAACUUUGAUUUUUCUUUGCUUUUCUGUGAUUGAAAUUUCACCCCAUGCCCUGAUGCAGUUUAUGGAAUAUUGUUGAAAAAUCUAUGAAUAACGAUCAUUUUAUUUUUUGAAUCAUUAUAAACGGAUUAUUCAUUAGACAAAAAAAUGAAGAGAAAGGGGAAACUGAUGAGUUGAUUAAAAACUGAUCAACUAACUCAGUUAAUUAUUGAAAUUCAGAUAGUCAAAUUUUGAUAAAAAUUCAUUAUCUUUCUACCCACAGCUAACGGUCGAUUCGUUAACAAUAGAAUUGGAAAGUAAUUGGAAAUAGUAAAUGAAUGGUGAUCAUUUGUACAGACUAAUUGUCGGAUUUUCUUGGCAGCACAAUUUUGGAAAUUGUAUUUGUAUAAUAUAAAUGAAUAAAUGAAUGAAUAAACCAUUAAACAAAUAAAUAAUACGAGUUUAUCCGACAUAUUGUUGAACUCUCCCUUCUUGCGAUCGUUUAUAUUGUGAAUAAGUCUAUCAACAUUGAUAAUAUUGUUAUUACUGUCAUCGUUAUUAUUAUUAUUGUUAAUAUCGUCAUCACCACCGAUAUGAAUAUUCUUGUUACGACUAUCUUUAUGCACGCACCGAUGUGUGAGGAGAGAAAAGGAGAAGAAAGGAAACGAAAUUUAAUUUUUGCGAUAUCCAUUUCGAGCGGUGCGACCGAGAGAUAUAUGAUGAAAAAUGUCCACAUUCACUUACUUACUUAUCAGAUGUAUAAUUAUACAUGUUUACCCGUAAAGAUUUUUUUUCAAUCAUUUUUGUUCUAAUCAUUUUUUUCCAUUAUUAUUUUACAUUACGAUUCAAUCCUGAGUGAUGAUACCAUAGCUCGAUUGAAGAAGGGUAGGAAAAAGGGAGAUGAUAUCGUAUCAUACCUAUACUUCAUGAUUUGGUUCGCAUCAUUGCGGGUCUUAUGAUAUAAGAUUUGUACAGUACAUAACGCAUAUAGUAUGCCUUUACAAAUAAUGUAAGAGAAUCUAGAUAACACCAGCAUUGUUAUUAUUAUUAUUUUAUUAUUAUAAUGAUUAUUCUUUGUCACCAGAAUAUUAUUAUCGAUGUUAUUAUUGUUAGUGUUAAUUAAUGAACAUUAAUAUUGUUAUUACACUUGUUAGAAUUAUUAUCAUUACCACGUAACAAUGCCUCUUAGCGAAUAUUAGACGAAUAUCAUUUGAAUAAAUGGUAAAAGAAGUAAAUACA